UUUACAUCCCUUUUGUAAAUGCCAUUAAAUUAUCAAACAUUAUCAACAUGGUAUUUCUAGGCAUUGCAUCUUUCAACAUGUACAGCCUAAUACGGGCUUGUUAAGUGUAGAGUUUUGUUUUAACUUAUAACCUACUCGAUGUGAAUUAACAUAGUGUCAUGACAUUUGUAAAUCAAUGUCACUCUAAAGUAUAUGAAUGAUUUUGACAUGGCUUUUGUUGUUUUUUCACAUCUUUUAUGCAGCAUAUAGAUUAAGGGAAUUGCAGAAACACUUUACUUCCAGAUAUUAUGCUACACUUAGAAUGAUAGAAGAUAUAAAAUGUUUUUGUUCUGUUGGGAAAGGCUUUUAAUUUUUUGAUUUGGUAAAUGAGUUGAGUAAUUGCUGGUUUGCUACCACUUAGUACAACACUAAAAUGUUACUAGGUUGCAACUUGUGUAAGUCAAUAUCCAUUUAGGAGUUUCUGAGAAAAUUAAGAUCGAGUCUCUUAAAACAAAGACUAUAAAAGAGCAUAAUCUGACUUUGUUAUUUUGUUGGAGUCCAACUAACCACAACCAGGUAACAAAAUAUGAGAAUACAAUUUAGAUGUGUAUAGUACUCUUAGGAAAUGAACUUUAGGUCUAACUCAACCAUACAAAAUUGGUUUGUAAAGUGAGGUUUACACUCACUUAUACAUUAUAAAUUCGCCUUAUCUCUCAUUGACGAGGGAUUUCCAACACGCCCACCUGUGUGUGGUAUAUACAUCUCGGGUGUGGGAAUUAAAUUUAAUGGGCUAAUCCAAUAGUGACCCAAUAGCAGGUAGUACAAUAGCCCAACAAUCAACACAUUAUUUUAGAAUAGACUUCAGAUGACUUUCAUACAUCUUAAGAAGUGGAUUUUAAGUUUAAUUCAACCUUACAGAACUGACCUGUAAAGUGAGGUUUGUACCCAUUUAUAUAUUACAAAUUAAUCUUAUCUCUAGUUCAUGUGUGAUUUUUAGCAAGUACUGUCCAUCACUUUAAUUAAGUUUUGCACACGUAAAAAGGAAAAAGUCAAAGUUUGACAUUAAUGUUGGUUAAGGAUGUACCUUAUUCUGUUUCCGAUUUUGAGCAUGGUUUUUUGGCAUUCUUUAAAUAAAAACAUAACUCCUCUUUAAUAAUUCAUGAUAAUUAUUUGUAACAUUUUAAUCGCUAAAUCUAAUUUUAACAAUGGAUAUGUAAAUACAGUGUGUAAUGUUUAGGAAUGACAAUGAUAUUAUGGAUAUUUGCUAAAACUACUCAUGAUGCUAGUGUAACCCACUUUGUGGGCAUGGGCAUCGGCGCAGGUGACCUGCUUAAUGGACAUCUCUUUGUCUGUUGACUUCAAGACCCAAUGGAACAUGACAAAUUAAAUUUUCCAUAAUAUAUAUCAUCCAUGGAUGAUAUCAUAGCAAUGGAUGCACAUAUAUGGUUGCAACUUAGUAUUGGCAAUAGGUCUGAAAAAGUAUCCAAAAAAAUAUGAAAUUUAAAUAUUUGUACCCUAUCAGUGUGAGGAACCAUAGAACAGAUCCCAUUUUUGAGAGUUUAAAAAUACUAUCUUCUUGAAAGGUUCUUUUACUCCAAACAUGGAAAAAAGAAAGUGAAACAAGCCUUUUGGGGAUUGAGGGGCUUGAACUCAUGCUUUCUUAAGUUGACAUUUUUUCCUCCUUUUAAAUUUCAUUGUUGUUGGUAUUGACAUGUAAAUAGAACCCUAUCUUUAUCCUCAUGUAAUUGAUCAUCUCCUCUAGUGUUUCUUUAGAUUAUGAUGAAGUGAAUUAUUUCAUCAAUAAAUAUUCUAUCGAUUCUUCAACUUUUAAUUGAUUGAUUCUCAUCUUUUACUUAUGAAUAUUUUUACAAUGAAAUUUGAUGAAGAUGGGUGUUGGUUUGGGCACCUUUGUACCCAUGCUGCCGUUGUGCUCCCAUUCCCCUCAUGUGUGUGUGGAGGAGAGAGUGAUAGUCAUGUAAUUUAAGGAAAAGUUUUAGAAAUUUAUGUUUCUUUUCUUCAAUGCCAAGCACAAAAUUCAACUUCCUUUGUGAUUGCAUGAGAUGGGUUACAAAAUGUAGAGGAUUAUGAAUACAAAAGGAAGGUAGAGGAUGGACAAUACCAAAACCUCCGGAUUGUGUUUGAGAACCAACCAUUUACCGUGGUAACAAAAUGUGAAUAACUAGAAGGCUAGAGCACAAAAAUGGAUAUAUUACUAGUACUUUAACCUGUGUCCCCAUUUCAAGGACUCAAGGACUGUCGACAAAGGAAUUAUCGGUGUGUGCAAUACUAUAUUGGGGCUGAAGCCUAAUGGUCUUCAUAUCACUUUUGCAAAAGUUGUCAUAGGAAGGUGAUGAGACUAGAUCCAAAGGCAACAAGGAAGCAGAAGCUAAGGAAGGAGGGGUGUAACUCUAAAUAAUCUAGUAGUGCAAAGAGGUCAACCAUGUGAAGUCCAACACUUAUAAGUUGUGUCUUGACUUGUGCAAAUAUAUGAAUCAAAGACAUCCUUUGCCUGCCUUCUGUGGUGUUUGUUGUUGUUGUUGUCAGAAAUCAAUGUAGAAAGUCAUACAAAAAUAGGAGGGAACUGUUGAGAUGUAAUAUUUUAUUUAUCAUGUAUGGGACCCCUUCUUUAGGGUUAGGGUUAGGACUGGGCCUUGACUCUUUGUAUUCUGCUUAUUAUUUUCUUAUAUAAACAGGAGUAAAACAGUAACAGUGAUAAGUUUUUUCACUGUUUCAUUUAUCUGAAAUCUCUUCAAGAUGGUAUCAAGAGCCAGAACAUGAGUCUGGUUCAUCUUCACUGUUUGUCACAGUGACUGUCAUCGUCCGCCGUCUUCCGCAACUGUACGCCGCCGUCCACCGCACCGUCCGCCGUCGCCGCCGGCGUGUAUACUCCGGCGAAGGGGUCUUAGACAUUUUGAGACCUUACAAGACAUGCUUCUCUUUUUGGAAAAGGGCACAAGAUAUUUUUGCUAACGACAUUCAACGCCUCUUUGAUGCAACUCAAAGAGUAGCCUCACUCAAACAAAUCAAUCAUGAUAUGGUUUCUCAUAUAGGAAAGGCUAGGGCUGCAGUAGAAGAAUUGAAGAGUUUUUUUGUGGCUGAUUCAUUAGAAGAUAUCAACAAAAAACUUGAUAAGUUUUACAUGGUCUUAAUUCUGAGGAGCCUACACUCGACUUUUGAUCAUGUGCGUGAUCAAGUUUUAGCUGGUGAUCAAAUCCUUUCGAUGGACAACUUAGUUACUAGACUUCUUCGUGUACCUACAUUGGUCAAACAUGAAAGUUCAACUGAUGUUUUUGAAACAUCAGCAAUGGUAGCACCACGAGGAAGAGGAGGAGGUCGGAGCAACCGUGGAGGACGUGGUGGUCGAAAUGGGCGUCCUCAAUGCUCAUAUUGUAAUAGAAUGGGCCAUACCCAAGACAAGUGUUAUUCCUUACAUGGUUUUCCCGAUAAAGCUGCUCAUGUGUCCAAGUCUGAUCAUUCAGAAUCUAGAAUUUUUGGUGAAGAGUACCAAGAAUUCUUGAGGUACAAAUCUGAGAAAUCCAACAAUCCUGGCCCAUCCUCUUCAAUGUCAACUGCAUGCAUCUCUCAAUAUGUGGAAGGUCUUAGUCCAUGGAUUCUUGACUCAGGUGCCUCAGAUCAUGUCUCUGGAACAUGGUACGGGUCGUCUGAUUGGAGAAGGACAUGAGUCACGGGGACUUUAUUUCCUAAAACCAAGCUCCUCAGUAUCUUGUUUUGCAACUUCAUCCCCAAAACUUUUGCAUGAUCGUUUAGGUCACCCAAGUUUGUCCAAGUUGAAGAUGAUGGUUCCGAGUCUCAAACACAUUCAAGCCUUAGAUUGUGAAUCGUGUCAGUUAGGAAUGCAUGUUAGAUCUUCCUUCCCUAAAAAGUCUGAGACACGAUGUAAUUUUGCUUUUUCUACUGUUCAUAUUUGGGGACCAAGUCGUGUCACUUCUUUUGGUUUUAACUAUUUUGUAAUGUUGAUUGAUGAAUUCUCUCGAUGUACUUGGGUUUAUCUAAUGAAAUAAAGAUUGGAACUUUUAUC